GAGACGUCACAUGGGGAGAAGCAGUAGCUGCUCCACCACUAAUCACAUAACAUUAACAUAACUAGCUAGUACAAGCUAACACUGCCUGCUACACAAUUCGCCUUUGAUCUACCACACAUCCGGAAUUGCAAACUUGCACGAACCAAACGGAAGAUUCGUAGACUGUGUAAAACGAGAAACACCACGACGGUCACAUACAGUUAUCGUGGCCUCUUUUUUGCAUCUUUGCAGGCUAUUUGGUUAGCUAGCAAAGCCACCGAUAGCAAACUCUGCCUUGGCUAGCGUCAGGCUAGCCAGCUAGCUAGCUAGCUACUAACAUCGGUAACGGUAGUUAGCUAGCUAGCGAGCUGUAGUAACUUGCGUCAUGGAGGAACUAGUCGUGGAAGUGAGGGGAACAAGUGGGGCCUUUUAUAAGGCCUUUGUGAAGGAUGUUCACGAAGGAGCGGUCACGGUGGCAUUUGAAAACAAUUGGCAGCCAGAGCGCCAGAUCCCGUUCCAGGAUGUUCGUUUCCCUCCUCCAACAGGGCUCUGCAAGGAUAUCAAUGAGAGCGAUGAGGUCGAGGUGUAUUCCAGGGCUAACGACAAGGAGCCAUGUGGAUGGUGGCUGGCCAAGGUUCGCAUGGUCAAAGGAGAGUUUUACGUAAUAGAGUACGCUGCAUGCGACGCGACACUAAAUGAGAUUGUGACGCUGGAGCGGUUACGGCCAGUCAACCCGAAUAAACCAGCCACCAAAUCCACCUUCAUCAAGAUCAGACUGGAUGUUCCUGAGGAUCUACGGCAGAUGUGCUCCAAGGAGUCGGCCCACAAAGACUUUAUAAAGGCAGUCGGAGCGUUCGAUGUCACCUACGACUCGGAGAAAAAGCAGCUGGUCAUUUUGUCGGUGAAUGAGGUCACAACAAGGCGGGCCAACAUGAUGAGUGACAUGCACUUCAGGAGCCUCCGCACCAAACUGUCACUCAUGCUGAGGAACGAAGAGGCCAACCGACAGCUGGAGAGUUCCAGACAGCUGGCGUCACGGUUCCACGAACAGUUUGUGGUUCGCGAUGAUCUCAUGGGUCUGGCCAUCGGGACUCACGGGGCCAACAUUCAGCAGGCGCGCAAAGUCCCCGGGGUCACUAACAUAGAUCUGGACGAGGAGACGUGCACCUUCCACAUAUACGGAGAGGACCAAGAGGCUGUCCGUCUGGCGAGGUGUUUCCUGGAGUUCUCUGAAGAUGUCAUCAAAGUUCCCCGGAACUUAGUAGGGAAGGUGAUUGGCAAAAACGGCAAGCUGAUCCAGGAGGUGGUGGAUAAGUCUGGGGUGGUUCGAGUUCGUAUUGAGCCAGAUAACGACAAGACCCCUAGCAGCAGCGGCCGCAGCAGCAGCAGCGGCAGCUAUAGACGAGGUCAGUGAGAACACACCAACACCUCUUCAAUGUUAACAAUCCUACCUACUAUGGUUGUGAUUCAUUUAUCUUUACAACUGAUAGCAUGCGUAAUUUGAGAAUAGAUCAAAUUGAAAAAUAAAAUGUUUCUUCCUGAACCUCUCUUUCAGGGAAUGGUGCCAUUUGUAUUUGUGGGGACCAAGGAGAGCAUCUCCAACGCUACAGUUCUACUGGAUUAUCACCUUAACUACCUUAAGGAAGUGGAUCAGCUUCGUCUGGAGCGUCUUCAGAUCGACGAGCAGCUGAGACAGAUCGGAGGUGGAGGGGGUGGAGGAGGGACGGGGCCCCGGAACCUCAAAGACAAAACCUAUGUGUUCGAUAACGGCAUGGGGAUGGGGAGAGGAGCAGCAGGAGCAGGAGGAGGGAAGCCCUACGGAGGAGGGGGAGGAAGAGGUGGCAGAGGGCGGAGAGGAGGAGGAGGAGCGGCCUUCGCCUCAGGCACCAACUCAGAGGCAUCCAACGCGUCUGAGACGGAGUCGGACCACAAAGACGAGCUCAGUGAUUGGUCGCUGGCUCCCACCGAAGAGCUGAUGACAGGAGGCGGGACCCUGCCCAGACGGACAGAUGGGAGGAGGAGACCAGGCGGAGGAGGGCUGCGGGGACGAGGGGGGAGAGGAAGAGCAGGGUAUAAAGGUGACGACAUGCAGUGGAGCGAGCCCAGGCCUCGUCACAUCAGAGACCCCAAGACCAGAGCGCAGGAAGAGACUCUACAGAUCCGCGUGGAUGGUAACAACGAGCGCAGCGUGCAGCACUCCUCAGGGGGGCGAGGAGGAGGAGGAGGAGGGCCUUCCUCCUCCCUGGUUGGCAACAUGGCCGGGGGCGAGGGCCCGCCUCGACAUCACCACCCGAGACCCAUCAGAGACCGAGGGCUGAAGAAGGACAAACAGGACGCUCCGCCGCUGGUGAACGGAGUGUCGUAGAUGCACCACUGGAGGACCUUAGCACUUAGACACACACACACACACACACACACACACACACACACACACACACACACACACACACACACACACACACACACACACACACACACACACAGGCAACUCGUUAUAAACCAUUGUAGAAUCUCUCUCGCUUUUUCUUUCUCUGUCUUUGUCAUGAAUACACAUAUCUCAUCAGCAUGGAGUCAGAGUUUACCGUAGUGCAGAGUAUCUGCUGGUCCGCUCUGAGGUCUUUAAACGUUUUGCUCCGGUUUGUUCCCGAACUGAUCUUCUCUGGACUGACAAGUAAAAGAAACAGUACUUUUUGGACAAAAGGAAAAGAAGAGAAGCUCAUCUCUCACGGGGGCAUUAACCCCAAACGUGCACCCUUUGCUUGUUUUGUUUUUUAAAUCAACUGAAUUUAUUGGGUGAUGAAUGAAUACUUUUUUACCCACUGCCCUGUUUGGACUUUCUCACACCAGAAAAUGAAUUAAGGAAGCAAUUGGUGAAACAAGAAACAGAAUUAGACAGCAGCAGAAAUAUGGGUUCCUACAAUUUGAAAACAUAUUUUGACUUCACACUUUUUAUCGUCGGGGUGAUCUGGCAGCACAGUUUCAAAGGGGUGGCUUGACCUCUUUCCCACAGGUUGAGAAAUCAUUUUUUUGUUUCUCUAAAUUUCAAAAAAUAUACUUUCGAAUUCAACCGAUACAUUUCAAAAUACAAAAUAUUUUUCACUUCUAUAUUUGGGAAACUGAGCUUUCAGGCGGGGACAUGUUUGUAGAUGGCAAAUUGAAUUAUUUAAAAAAAAUGUGGAUAGUCAUUUGAACCCUGCACUUGAGCAGGUUAAAUCUGUCUGGGAUCAGCAGUAGAAAGGAGUUCAGAGUGUCCAUAUGUAAGGAUGAAAUGUGAGCAGGUAUGCAUGGGCAACACAUGCUUAUCUCAUUGUCUGACAGUCAUCUGUUUUUUUCCUGUUGCCAAGAUGAUGUAAAAUUCCUUCAGUUUCUUGGACCAAGCAUGAAUAGUAAGCAAACCAAUGGGGGAAACGUAAAUCUGAGGCACUUUGAUGCAACUUCACUGUAAAAAAAGCUUUCACAGAAGCGAACAUACUAACUCCUUAGAGUCUUAAACAGGGUACACAAUGUCAUGCACUGCUGUUAUAUUUCAAAAAUAAUAUGGGACAAGGAAAUGUGACUGGGCCAACAGUGACUGGGAAUCCGCAAAAAAGACAUAAGCAAUUGUCAGAAAUGUACUAUACCAAAUAACAUUUUUAAGUAGUCUGCAUGAAGACCAACACGUGUUUAUUUCCCAAAACAAGCUCUGUAAGUGACACCAGAAAGCUCACAGUGUAACUAGGAACCUUGAUCAACCAUCCAAAUAUGUAAUAUUAAUCAUUUUGGAAAAUAUAAACAGAUGAAUAUUUUUGAGAUUCAAUGAGCUGUUGAGAUGAUGCUGCUCUAAAGGCGCCAGAGAAAAACAAAAAUAUACCACGGAGUCCCGGACUGAUGGAUGUUCUGUGACAAAUAACUACACAGAGUAGCUUCUGCAAAUCUCAACACUGAUGAAAGGAUUCUAAAUUCAGCAUACAUAAACAGGUCAAACCUGUACAAUCCCAAUCGUUAAGAAACAGUGACUCAUGACUAAUGCCUUAAGCAUGGUCAUGAAUAAUGCUUUGUGGUACAACGAAUCCAACAGUCCUGAUGCAUUCAUGUCUCGACUGUUCCCAGUUGUUCCCAGCAGCUCUUGACUCCAGCUUUUUGAAUGCUUCUCAUUUGGAGCGAGGCGUUGCUUCGCCUCCGGUACUGCGUCUUUCUCGAGAACAGUUAAUCCAAACAACUUCUCAACACUUAGCUUUCAGUUAUUCUGACCCCACAUAAAAAGGCGAAGAUACACACUUUCUCGCCAUGUUUACAAAAGUGGAACAUGUUAAUAUCCGCUUCCUUGAUUUGGAUCCACUCUUAAUCUCAUGGGUUACUUCUUGACACAUGUACAUCUCUUACAACCCUUAAAUGUCAUGUAAAUCUGGCCUGUAGUUUUUUUUGUAACCCUGCUGACAAACUGAGAUGGAAGCGUUUUGGCGUCAUCAAUAAAAUAAACUCACACUUCACACGGCACGUCCUUGGCUAGUCAGAAAUACGCUGGCCAAGUAGGAAGCCAAUCAGGUUAAAGGUUUUGGAGAAAAAUUGAAGGACUAAAAAAAGACUCCUUCAAUGUUGGUUAAAUACUCAUAAUCUCAUACAAGACUGAUGAGUGAGACACUUCACAGGGAGGGCUAAUGCUAAACUUAAUGUCGUUCCACAAACUUACUUUAAACUCUUGCUUUCAGACAAACCUGAUCAGGUUGCAGGACUGUGACAUGUAGAGCUCCUGUCACCUGAUCACACAGGCUUUUCUUUAAUUUAUGAAACCUUUGUAUCUAACCUUCUUGUUUUGCAGUUAGAAAAAAACCUGUUUGAAGUAUUACUGUAGAAGAAACAACGGUUCAUUGAGUUAUUCCUUGACAAAAUAAAAAUUUGGUGUAAGUUUUA